CCCAUUUCAGGUUUUGUGGCAGUUUGGAGGUUCCACCCCUUCUUCCGUAAAAGAAGAACCAAGAGCAGUAUUGGACCAAGUGGCACAAUGACUCAUUUACAGGCAGGUCUGUCUCCAGAGACCCUGGAGAAGGCCCGAUUGGAACUGAAUGAGAACCCAGACACCCUGCACCAAGACAUCCAAGAGGUUCGGGACAUGGUGAUCACCCGACCUGACAUUGGCUUUCUUCGCACAGAUGAUGCCUUUAUUCUUCGCUUCCUGCGGGCCAGAAAGUUUCAGCAUUUUGAAGCGUUUCGCUUGUUGGCCCAGUACUUUGAGUAUCGUCAGCAGAACCUUGAUAUGUUCAAGAGCUUCAAAGCCACUGACCCAGGUAUCAAGCAAGCGCUCAAGGAUGGUUUCCCAGGAGGGCUGGCCAACCUUGAUCAUUAUGGCAGGAAGAUCCUGGUUCUAUUUGCUGCCAACUGGGACCAGAGCAGAUACACACUGGUGGAUAUUUUACGUGCCAUACUUCUUUCAUUAGAAGCCAUGAUCGAGGACCCAGAACUUCAAGUAAAUGGAUUUGUUUUGAUUAUAGACUGGAGUAAUUUCACUUUCAAGCAGGCUUCUAAGUUGACACCAAGUAUGCUUCGAUUAGCCAUAGAAGGCCUUCAGGACAGUUUUCCAGCUCGAUUUGGAGGAAUUCAUUUUGUCAAUCAGCCAUGGUACAUUCAUGCCCUUUAUACAGUUAUACGCCCAUUUUUAAAGGAAAAGACAAGGAAGAGGAUAUUUCUCCAUGGAAACAACCUCAACAGCCUGCACCAGUUGAUUCAUCCUGAAAUUCUUCCUUCUGAAUUUGGAGGAAUGCUUCCACCUUACGACAUGGGCACAUGGGCAAGAACACUGCUAGAUCAUGAGUAUGAUGAUGACAGUGAAUACAGUGUGGACUCCUAUAACACUUCUGCAAAAGAAGUUGAAAAGGAGCUCUCACCCAAAUCCAUGAAGAGGUCUCAAUCUGUUGUGGAUCCUGGAGUGCUCAAGCGCAUGGAUAAAAAUGAAGAAGAAAACAUGCAGCCAUUGCUUUCGCUUGACUAGCAGUCUGAGCAUCAAAUAUGAAUUAGGGUGGAAGGUAUUGCUUUUCAGAGCCAUCCACUGAAAAAGAAUGUACAAGCUGGAAUCCUAUUUUUCAUGUUAACGUAGCAUAUUGUAAUGAGGC